AUGAAUUUCCUCUCAGUAAUUCUAUUCUCUUUGAGUUUAAGUGUGUGCUUAGCCAAACAACUACCGAAGCACGAAGAUAGAUGCCAACAUUUACUGGGCGAUGAAUUGAUCGCUGAGAUAUUGUCUUACGAGAAAGUUAAAGACGAAAUUUUAAACUAUGUCUUACAAGGUGAUUUUAAAGGUCAAACCUAUGAUCAAUUGGCCAAAUUUGUUGAUAAGUUCGGGGCCCGACCUUCGGGAUCUGAAGUAUUGGAACGUUCAAUUGAUUAUAUGAUCGAGUUGACUCGCGAAGAAGAUAUAAAUGAUAUUAUUACUGAAGAAUUAGAGGUUCCUCAUUGGGUCAGAGGUGAAGAAAAAAUAACAAUGCUCGAACCUAGAGUCAAAGACAUAAGUUUGCUGGGCUUAGGACGCAGUGCAAGUACUCCACCAGAAGGGAUUACUGCCGAAGUUAUAGUAUUCGAGAAUUACGAUCAAUUAGACAAAGCCCUCGAUGAAGAUGUCAGAGGAAAGAUAGUUUUAUACGACCCAAUUUUCACAACGUACAGUGAAACAAAUCAAUACAGAACGCAGGGUGCUACUAAAGCUGCCGCCAAAGGGGCCGUUGCUUCGUUGGUGAGAUCCAUAGCGCCUUUUUCUAUAAAUUCCCCUCACACCGGAUCGCAGACAUACGGCGAUGAAGCGAAUAAAAUUCCCACAGCGGCUAUCACUUUAGAAGACGCCGAUCUUAUACGAAGAAUGUACGAUCGAGGCGAAAAUAUUGUAUUGAACAUCAAAAUGAGUUCAACACUUGACACAAAAGUAUCAAGAAAUACUAUAAUUGAUCUGAAAGGGAGUGUUCAUCCUGAGAAAUUAGUAAUCGUCUCAGGUCAUAUUGAUAGCUGGGAUGUUGGACAAGGAGCCAUGGAUGACGGCGGUGGCCUAUUCAUUAGCUGGGCAGCUCCGGUCAUUUUGAAACGAUUGAACCUUAUACCAAAAAGGACUGUUAGAUCCAUUUUCUGGACAGCAGAAGAAUUAGGCUUGGUUGGCGCAUACGCUUAUGAAGAAACGCACCGAAACGAAAGUCACAAUAUUAAUUUUAUUAUGGAGUCUGAUGAAGGUACUUUUGCUCCGUUAGGUUUGAUCGUGGCAGGAACUGAUAAAGCCAGGUGCAUCGUUGCGGAAGUACUUAAGCUGUUCGAAUCUAUAAAUGCUUCAACUUUAAUUGAAGACGAUAGUCCUGGUUCUGAUAUAAGUGUUAUUAUAAAAACAGGAAUCCCUGGAGCAAGCCUUCACAAUGAAAAUGAAAAAUAUUUUUGGUUCCAUCACACAGAAGGUGAUACAAUGAACGUAGAAAGUCCUGAAGAGCUCGAUCUCGGAGCAGCAUUUUGGACAGCGGUAGCUUAUAUUAUAGCUGAUAUUUCUGUAGACAUCCCUCGCUAA